GACCCGGACAUGCAACCGGGGCCUGUUUUUGUGACUGCAGCCUCCUUCCUGUAGCCCGGUUGAGGAAGUGAAUUUCGCUGACAGGGCUGGGUUCAGAGAGGGAGACGCGAACAAAACAUCUUCAUCACGGCUCUCAAAAAACAUCAAAGCAACAAGAGACAAAAGGAGCGACCUGUUAAACCAUAGUAAAGUUAGGGUGUACACUCAUUGGUGAAGUCGUCCUCUCCCCUGCCCAGCUGAGACCGCCGCAGACAUGAAUGACCAGCAGCUGGAUUGUGCUCUGGACCUGAUGAGGCGUCUGCCUCCUCAGCAGAUCGAGAAGAACCUCAGUGACCUCAUUGACCUGGUGCCCAGUCUGUGUGAGGACCUCCUCUCCUCUGUGGACCAGCCCCUAAAGAUCGCACGAGACAAAGUGGUGGGGAAAGACUAUCUGCUCUGUGAUUACAACCGAGACGGCGACUCCUACAGAUCCCCGUGGAGUAAUAAAUAUGAACCUCCCAUUGAAGACGGUGCAAUGCCUUCAGCCCGCCUGAGGAAACUCGAGGUUGAGGCAAACAAUGCCUUCGAUCAGUACAGAGACCUGUACUUUGAAGGUGGGGUUUCCUCCGUGUACCUCUGGGAUUUGGAUCACGGCUUUGCAGGAGUUAUUCUCAUUAAGAAGGCUGGAGAUGGAUCCAAGAAGAUCAAAGGGUGCUGGGACUCCAUUCAUGUGGUGGAGGUGCAGGAGAAGUCCAGUGGUCGUACCGCUCACUACAAACUCACCUCCACUGUCAUGCUGUGGCUCCAAACAACGAAAACUGGCUCCGGUACCAUGAACCUCGGCGGCAGCCUUACAAGACAGAUGGAGAAAGACGAGACGGUUGGAGAGUCCUCACCCCACAUCGCUAACAUCGGCCGCCUCGUUGAAGAUAUGGAGAAUAAGAUCCGCUCCACACUGAAUGAAAUCUACUUUGGGAAGACAAAGGACAUCGUCAACGGCCUGAGAUCUAUUGAGUCUUUGCGUGACAACCAAAAGUACUGGCAGCUCCAAAAGGAGCUGUCACAGGUGCUCACCCAGCGACAGACCUCCAUUGAAAAGGGGUCAAAGGAGUGUGCAGACUCUGGCUGACAAGUCAAAGCAGGAGGCUCUGAAGGUCGACCUGAUGGAGGCGCUCAAACGCAAACAUAACAGCUAGAGAUGCUACUGUUGUUUUCUUCUGUCUCUCUGUCUCUCUCUCUCUGCCUCAUCCCUGCCAUCUUUUCUCUGUUUCUUUACGUCUCUUCCUCCAUGCCUGUUUCAGUGCUGCACUCUUGUUUAUUUGUGGAAAAACAAAAAAGGAGAAAUGCUUAGCUUUUUUUUUUUUUUUUUUUUUUUUGUCUGGUUGUUUUCAUGCAUCUCAUCUGCCAUGAAGCCAUUCACUCACGCUCUGUUUGUCUUCUCCCCUCUUUUCACUCUCUCCCUCUCUCUCUCUCCCUCUCUCUCUCUGUCCCAUGUUAUGAAUAUGAUAGUAUUACCACGGUUAAUGAUAAUCUCGAGGGUCACUCUAGUAAUAAUCCCUGAUGUUCUCACAGCUGAUAUGUCCUCAGUCUGUUUGUAACGAGCGACUCUGGCCCUGCUCUUCCUCUGUGACGAGGACACAGACUGUGCAGUAGGUGGUGGAGGCUUGGCAGUGGUGUCAUUAUUAUGUUCAUCAAAUUAUAUUCUUGCAUCUAUCUUUUUCCUUUUUUUUUUUCUAUGGCACCCCCCCACCCGACCCCAAACCCAAAUAUAUUUGUAUAGAAUUAAAACUGUCCAUGUAUAAAGAGUGGUUAUUCUUCUGGGCGAUAUAAACGGUGCAAAGACGAGGGCGGCCUUUCUGUGUGAACAACAACGUUUUUACACUUUAUUUCCACUCUGUCCACAUGCAUGAGAGCCUUUGUGGAGCUGCAGAAGGUGGAAAUGAAAACUUCUCAAACAUAGGGAUGGACUGUUGUUAUCACCGGGUACACCCUCAUCAUAAUCAACUCCCCCCCCCCCCCCCCCCCCACACACACACACACACACACUGUAUAACAUGAGUUUGCUUCCCCUUUGUUCAGCCUGUUAACGUCUUCUCUAUCCUCACCUAUUAUGUCUUUGUUGGGGGUCACAGUUUGUCUUGGUGUCACGGUGGAAACCUUUGUUUCCAUUUUGGAGGGGAAUCUUUGUUGUUGUGUUUUUUUUUGGUUUGUUUUUAUUUUGUAAAGCUUAUGACUCAUAUUGUAUUAGAGCCUCCAGCAACAAUAAAAAUUGUAAAAAGCUA